GUAUCUCAUUGUGGUUUAAUGUGCCUUUUUGCUGAUACAUUUUGAGAGGCCUGUUGAGCACUUGGCGCCUAGAUUGUAAGUCAUGAGAUAACCGUGAGUGGCCAGCCACCAGUUGGAGGAUGAAUUCAUAAAAGCUCCAUGUUUCCUGCUAGUUGAUGAGCCGUAAUGACUCCUGGGAAGCCCAAUAGCUAGGAGACCACAUCCCUGCUCAGUUGAAAGAAAGCCAGAGAGCAUCUGAGAAGAGGCUGAAAACUGAAUUUUGCAAACACACAAGACCUCUGCAUUCCCUCAUAGGGAAGGUUUUUUCUUGUCUUUGUUUCUCUCGUAACACCUGGUGUGAGGAAAAACCUCUGCAUUGUCCAAGCAGAAGAAACAGUAUCUGACCGAAAGGGAUCAGCUAAGAGUGGCUCCUCGCAGAGUAAAAAGGGAGGGACUUUUCGCAUUCUGUCUUGGAAUCAGAAGUUGGAUCACGAACACAUAGGAUUUAGAUAAAAGUCAUGGGGUGUGGCAGUUCUUCAAUGAAAGACAGGAAAUCUGAGACAGUGCUAAAAGCCGCAUUGAUCAUCCAGAACUGGUACCGAAGGUACAGAGCUCAGUUGAAGGCCAGACAACACUGUGCUCUCACCAUCUUCCAGUCCAUCGAAUACGCUGAUGAACAAGGGCAAAUGCAGCUAUCCAACUUCUUUUCCUUUAUGUUGGAAAACUAUGCACAUCUGUGCGAGCAAAGUCCACAAAUAAUAAGGCGACUUUUUGAAAGCACCCUCCAGGAUAUCAAGGAUAGACAGGACUACGUGGCAUUGAUAGAUGUCCCAGAUUCCUAUGAUGGCCCUCGGCUCCAAUUUCCUCUCACCUUUACUGAUAUUGAUUUACUUAUUGACGCCUUCAAGCAACACCAGAUACUUCAUGCUCAUUAUGUCUUAGAGGUGCUAUUUGAAACUCAGAAAGUCCUGAAGCAAAUGCCGAAUUUCACUCACAUAAAGACUUCUCCUUCCAAAGGGAUAACAAUCUGUGGUGAUUUGCAUGGGAAACUGGAUGAUCUUUUUUUGAUCUUCUAUAAGAAUGGCCUCCCCUCAGGGAGCAACCCAUAUAUUUUUAAUGGUGAUUUUGUAGAUCGAGGAAAUAAUUCCAUGGAGGUCCUAAUGAUCCUGUUCGUGAGUUUUCUUGUCUACCCCAAUGACCUGCACUUGAACAGAGGGAACCAUGAAGAUUUUAUGAUGAAUAUGAGGUAUGGCUUCACGAGAGAAAUUUUAUGUAAAUAUAAGCUACACGGAAAAAAAAUCUUACAAAUCUUGGAAGACCUCUAUACCUGGCUCCCAAUUGGUACGAUCAUUGACGAUGAAAUCCUGGUCAUACAUGGCGGAAUAUCAGAGUCCACAGACUUGAAUUUACUCCACCAUUUAGAAAGAAACAAAAUGAAGUCUGUGCUGAUGCCACCAAUGUCAGGAAAUGGAAACCUUGCCACUGACUUGAAGAAAAAUAAAGGAGGUGUACCUGUUGCUAUGCAUGGAAGACUGAAAGCAACUCAAUCUUUUUCCGAACAGUUAUCAAAGAAUGAAUGGGGACAGGUUAUUGAUAUUCUGUGGAGUGAUCCCAGAGGCAUAAAUGGCUGUUACCCAAACACAAGUCGAGGAGGGGGCUGCUAUUUUGGGCCAGAUGUUACCUCCAAGGUUCUCAGUAAAUACCAGCUGAAGAUGCUCAUUAGGUCUCAUGAAUGUAAGCCUGAAGGGUAUGAAAUCUGCCAUGAUGGGAAGGUUGUUACUGUAUUUUCUGCUUCUAAUUAUUAUGAAGAAGGCAGCAAUCGAGGAGCUUACAUCAAACUGAGUUCUGGUAUGACACCUCGAUUUUUCCAGUACCAAGUAACAAAGGCAACAUGCAUGAGACCUCUUCACCAAAGGGUGGAUGCCAUGGAAUGCAGUGCCAUCAGAAUAUUAAGAGAGAGAAUAAUUGCACAAAAAACUGACCUUAUUCGUGCUUUCCAACUUCAAGACUACACUAAAUCAGGAAAACUGUCUAAGACCCAGUGGGCUUUUUCCAUGGAGAAGACUUUGGGGCUGAAUUUACCAUGGAGGUCUCUGAGUUCACAUCUGGUAAAGACAGACGAAGAUGGAAAUAUUGACUACAUGUCCAGCUUCCAGAAUAUCCACAUUGAAAAACCUGUGGAAGAGAUUCAGUCUACUCUAGUUGAAACUCUGUACAGAUACCGAUCUGACCUGCAAAUCAUAUUUAAUAUCAUGGACUCUGAUCACUCAGGCCUGAUUUCCAUGGAAGAAUUUCGUGCCAUGUGGAGACUUUUCAGUCUUCACUACAAUGUUGAACAUAUUGAUGAUUCCCAAGUUGAUGAGCUCGCCAGCUUAAUGGACUUCAACCAAGAUGGAAGCAUUGACUUUAAUGAGUUUCUAAAGGCUUUCUAUGUAGUGCAUAAAUUUGAGGAGUGGGAAUCAGACACCACCCUUGAUGAACAGGAAUGAGGGCUUCCCUCAGGCUACCUAAACAACUGGGCCCAAAUCACAUGCAGUUUUUUCCAGGACCCUUGAAAUUUAUUGUCAGUAGUAAAAAAAAAGUAGACUGCAAUUCACA